CCAUUAAGCUCCACACAAGGACUCAGGGCUGCCUCUCCCCAAGUUCCAAAGCUUCCACAACUGGCGGGGGGGAGUGCCCCUUUUACCAUCCCCAGCACGGGCUGGUGGGAAGCGACCAGCCCAGCAGGUCUGGCUCCUAGACGGGGGGACCACGGGCAGGAGCAGAGUAUGUGGAGCGCCGUGGAGCCUCACGCUCCACUCCCAGAAUACCUGCUGACUGCUUUUGGGGGCACAACACUGUGCCUCAGGACAGGCAGGCACCAGGCAGCAUGCCUUAGUGCUGCUGCCAAGGUAAGGGCGAGCCCCAAGCUCCGGCCCCACUCUGAGGCCCCUCUAACCCGGAACCACCUCCUGCACUCCAGGCCCUUCCUCGUUGGCCUCACCCUGAAGCGACCCCCAGUCUAGAGCCUGUGUCUCCCUCCUGGACCCCAAACUUCUCAUCCUCAGCUCUACCCCAGAGCCCUCAUAUUUCUGCACCCCAGUCCUCUGCCCCAGGCCUGAGCUGCCCUCACACUCAGAGCCCCUCAGCCCCACUCCCGCCACAAAGAAUUUUGUUACGUACUUGGAUAUGGAAGCGAUGUGUCCCACGCCACCUCCACACUGACGGACAUGGCAGAACUCAUUCCAGGGAACACUGGUUAAAAGGCUGAGCCUUGUGAUGGAUGGAGGAAUGCAUUUCCGACACAUCUUGCUGUCAAUCACAGCUUUGGGUGCCACUGCUGUGAAGAGUUUUCAGUUGCAGUGUAUGAUUUGUAAGUGUCACAAACUUCCCACCUAAACUCCCUGGCCAGGAAUAAUUCGCCCUCACAAGCCAUUUUGCCUCUCUCUUGUAUUUGUGCUGAGUGUUUCGCUAAGGUACCUGGCUGGUGCACAGAGUUGCUGUAUGUGAAUCAUUUUCAAGGAAAUGGAAAGGGAGAGUUGGUAUGACAGGAAACUCACCACAUUGCCAAUACCCAGCAAUGAGCUGGCCUUGGAAUUCACUUGCAAGAACUUAAAUGAUAAAAUCUUGACCAUCCCCUCCCCCACACUGCUUAUUGGUACCGAGGAAGUGGGCAGAGGGACACGGGGUGUGAGGAACAAAAGAUGUGCCUGGUUAAAAUAAGUGACUCUCCGAAGCGAUGAGAGAAAAAAGCUUGGCCAGUGCAGACAGUCACCAACUGCCGUAGCAUAGGCAGUGACCUUCGGUGAGCAGUAUGCCUUGUGGGCCAGACGUCUCCCUUAGGUCAACCCAUUUACAACUGCUGAGGAGCAGUCCUCAGACCCCGUUGCCUGCCAGUCCCCUUAGUCACCUCCGUGACUCACGGAGCCCAGGCUUACGUUCUCUAGUAGUCACAGAUGCAGCAGAAGUGGGUGGGCUGCAGCUCACCGCUCUCAGGUUGCCUCCCUUUGCAUCUGAAUGACCUGGCUCUUUGGCCACGGCCGAAUUGCGGGGAGGCGCGCUGUUCUGCAGAGAGGGGCAUGGGGUGGGGGCUCUUGCAGCCUUGUUGUCUGACUGUGUUCAAUGCCCCCGCAGGGAUUUUUCACUGAUGGCCAUGGAGCUUUCUGCCAGCGAGCUCAGCAUUUAUGACAAGCUGUCGGACACCAUUGACCUAGUGAGGCAGACUGGGCACCAGUGUGGGAUGUCUGAGAGAGCCAUUGAGAAGUUUGUCAAGCAGCUUUUGGAAAAAAACGAGCCCCCCCCGGGCCCUCCCCGCUACCCCUUCUUGCUGACUGUCUACAAGGGCCUGCUUACCCUGGGGUUGAUUUUGCUAACUGCAUAUUUCGUGAUGCAGCCACAUAGCUCUUCGCCACCUGAAACCACGCUCUCCAGGGCCCACGCCUGGGGCUUCCUCGUCGGUCACAUCCGGCUGCUCUCUUUGCCCAUUGCCAAGAAGUACAUGCUGGAGAAGUGCUAUGACUGGCGGGGACUAGAUUGCAGGAAGAACGGUUCUAUGAUUCCUGCCAACUGCUCUUGCUGUGCUGCCAUUGAAAGCCUCCAGGUAGUGACUGACCUAGGACAAUUAUCAGAAAACUUCCAGAGGCCUCAGCCACUCAUAAUCAAGACAGGGCAGCAUCUGUCUUACGAGGAACUGAAGCAUUUCCAGUCCCAGUACCCAGAACUGACAGAGGUGACAGUAGAAGAGAAUUCCGCUGAACUAUGGCGCUGCCUUCCCAGACCGAUGUUUCCAUUUGCCUUCCCCUGGAACAAAGGCCUGAAUAAAACUCAGAUUCUCCAGGAACUUUUCCCUGCUUUGUCUUCGCUGGCAUUCCCAAAGGCAAUCUCCCUGGAAAGCUGCUUUCUCAUUCGCCACCCAGCAUUAGGGAACAAGACCCGUGGCCUGCACAGCACCUUUGCUGUUGGAAGCGGGCAGCUGACCCUGACUGUCACAUCUUCCAAGGAGUGCAGGCGGCACUGCCGGACGCUCUCGGUGGAGCUGGAAGCUGGGGACUUCGGCUACGCCAGCGCGGCCCACUGGAGGCUGAGCUUCAGCUCCAGAGGAGCAGAGCCCGUAGUCCUUUGCGAUGGGUCCACUUGCUAAGAACCGUGGGGAUGCCGGCGUCGAGGGCACGCACAGCGGGGACAAGGAGAGGGGCGUAUGAAGCUGGUGCCACUGAGAGACUCUGCCCACAAAGCGGGAGGCCUGGUAUUCCCUGACCUCCAAAGUCAGACUUGCUCAGACAUCCCUUGGGAGAGGUAGAGCUAAACUUGGGUAACCCCGGGGGCACACAGAUGUGCCCCAGGCUUCUCCUUGCCUCCUUUGUGACUGUUACACUGUCAUAGUUUUACAGGGAGCCCCAGAGCGGGCAACACAGUGAAUGAAACUGCCCUGUGCAUUUAUCCCAGAGGGGCAACCCGAGGCCUGCCAUGAGGGCAGCUCUGUCAAGGGGACACAUUAUGGAAACAUUCUCUGGUUCCUCCCCCCAUCACAACCCAAUUAUGGGCUCCAUGUGGAUGCGCACGAGCCCCUCAGGCCUGGCUCCGUGCCAUGGGGAAAGAACAGGCCUCCCAGCCCCACGCACAGCUGCAUUCUUGUACCAAAUGCAUCUGUUUGACCCUUUCCCCCUUGUCUCGCUGGGAUUGCUCUUCUGCAUGAUGGUGUUACAGUUAGGGAUGUCAACGGGGCCGUACGCAGCUGGGCUAGAGUGGUCCCACUGCCUGCCCCCAUUUAAACAGUUAAACGGUUAAGACAACGUUUAACAGGUUAACUAAUGAAACGGGAUUUUAUGUCCCUAGUGAAAAUCUUUGAAAUAUUGGCCUCCGUCUACCCUGGCACCUUGCAGAUCCUGCUUGUCUGUACCAUGCUGCUCUGGUUUGAAAUGUGCUGACUUGCCUUCCGGGCCCAUCCUGGGAAGGGCCUAAGUUGGGGGGAGCCUUUCGGAUCUGGGUUAUCUGGAAGUUCCUUCUUCCCCCAAUCAGCUGCGUUAACUUCUUCCGGACCGCAGAGCGCUGCUUUCUCCCGAGCGAAGGCUGACUUUUCCCUGACUCCCUUCCGGGCCUGCUCUGCAUGUUUCCUGGUGCUCGUGUGCUCCCCAGCAGUGCCUUUCGAGAGGAUCGGCUUCCUCUUGUGCAAGCUGCAGCUGCUGCAGUUCCUCUCCAGCCUGGCCCUCGGGCCGUUGUUCCCGUGUGGAAGAUGGCUGACAGCUGCCUCGGGCUGGGGCUCAGGACAUUCCCUUGCACUUACUAAUCUGGGAUUUGAAAAGCCUCUUCAGCAAGCGAGUCAGUUACGAGCCACAAGAAUCAUCUCAGAUGCAAAGACCUGCCGGAGUGGAAGGGUUCGCUCCACCCUCUUGCAGCUUUUGGCAGCAGCUGGAGAUGGGGCUGACGCUGCGUUGUUGGGGUGGGACAGUGUGUUUUGAGGUGCCGGCCCUGGUUAGAGCCUGGCUUUGCUGGGUGCUCUAAAAAGCUAAAGAAGGUUACUGUCCCAGGGCCCGCCGGGCAGAGCUUUCCAUCCACGCACACUGCUAACGCGUCGCUCUCCAGGUGCCUUUGCAGAGCCCGUCGCGGGAGAACAGGCUGCCAGUGGGUGGGGUUUGUUUCAUUUGGCUUUGAACCAUUUAAUUGGCAGAAAAAUCCUACAGCGCACAGGGUCUGUGCAAGUCCCAGCACUGCUGCUUGGGGAUUGUGCGUGCACCCCCGCGCGCUCUCGUAAGUGCGGGGCCGUGUGCCUCUCUCCCUUGUUCGAGGGCAGAAGGGUCCUGCCCUAAAUACACGCAUUGGUGACCGAUGCUGCUUACGUUUUGGCAGCAUCUCAGUUUACAUUGAGAGGCAAAUGGGUAACCUCAGCUCCCCGGCUUUUCUGUCGUCAGUAGGGAUGUGAAUGGUUAACCAGGAAGCAUCACCCUUACUGGCUGGGGCUCCCUGCGAAAUUAUGACAGUUAACUGGCCCUGCCAGGCUGGAGCUGCUCCCCACCCACAGGAAGGUGCGGUGGGUCUGGACAGGCUGGAGGGCAGGGUGCGGGGGCGCACCAGUCUGGCUGGGGAUGCCAUGCUGCAGCCCAGGUGUGCUCCAGCCCAGCCAGAGCAACCCCAGCCUGCCUCCCAGUAAGCGUUUACCCAGCUGACUGAUGACAUGGGAUUUUACAUCUCUGUGCUUAGCAGCCAAUGAGAGACCGAGGCAGGGAGUGUAUUGGACUCAGUGUUGUGAAGAUCACGGGUGAGUUAAUGCUGCUUGUGCUGCUAAGUGUCCUUGAAUGUGACUUAUCAAAAGUUGCAGAGAGAAUUGUUAGUAGCCUGUUCAGUGCUUGUGUUCUGAGACCCGCGUCAGUGCCAGCACAGCUCCCUGGCCUGAUGGCAGGAGAAAUCAGCCAAUAGUGCAGUCAGCCGCCAGGCUCCCUAGCAAGCAGUGGUUUGUAAAGCUGGCUUAUGUCUACUCUGCAGACGUGCUACUAUAGAGCCAGCUCUGCCCCAGCUCAAACACAACUGGCGGUGUUAUGCCCAUUGGACAGACGAUGAUGAAUCUGUCCUGAUCACAGGCCUGCGUCCAAGUGCACUUUCUGCCUAUGUCUGCAGAGCUGCGUGUAAGAAACAGUGCACACGCCCAACCCUCACUGCCUUUGGAACUGACAUCAUCUGUUUUUACACUUCCACUGCGCGUUCUCCUCUGCUCCCAGGAGCUGCGAGGAAUGAGAGGCAGACUUAGCUGCUAACCUGAAAGAGGAGGGGGCUGACUUUACUCUGCUUGUUAAAAACUGGAGAAUCAAAGCUGGUCCCACCGGCCAUAGAGUUCAGAGCCCUCAGCAGCGGAAGGGGGUCUCACUCAAGUCCAUCCCUGUCUCCAGCCGCCAGAGAAGCAGAGUGAGCCUGUUGCUGUGCUUUGGCCCAGGCCUGGUGGGCUGGGCUUGAACUCCUGGGUAGGGGAGGUCAAAGGAGAAGGUGGCUGGUGAAUCUGAGCUGUCGCAUGCUGCAGGAGUUUCAGCUCUUAGUCAGCGCUUUCCAGGCUAGCCAGUCUGAUGACUGCAGCAGGCAAGAAUUGGUCCCAACCCACCCCCACCUCGUUUGUGUUUCAGGGGCACAGCUUCUCCCGGCCAGAGAAGCAACAGCAUGUCCAGACACAGUGAGAUUCCAGUCUUGUGAUCUCCCCCAGCCAAGGACUUGGCAGCUAAAGGGUUAAAUGUGGCCCCACACAGCCCGCCAGCUCCUGUGGCUCCAGCCUUUGUAACAGUUCAUUCCACUUUUGAAAUCCACUGAGUGCCUGCCUGCUCCUGUGUGAGCCUGCAGAUGGACUUGUACCCGCCAUGGCCUUGCAAAGCUGAUGUGAAAAGUCACAGUCAAGGCACAAAACUUGCCUUGCUCCUGUACGGAGAGAUCACCUGCUCCAGGGAAGGGGACAGGUGGAGCUUUGCAGAGGCUGGCUUAAGGCCUGUCUCCGAUAACCCAAGACAUUUGAUGCCCCCAUCUCUCUGGCUCUAAGCCUGUGGCCACUUUGCUGAUUUCAACCCUGGGAAACUAGGAGGAUCUGGGCAGCCAGUUCCCUUGGACUUUACCAAGAAUUGUGCAGUGCCACAAAUCUCAGCCUCAGAAUCCCACUGCAAGGGCUCCCACUGCGAGGUCAUGUCAGUCCAGCUAGCACAGGGCACUGGCUUGGGCCUCAGCACAGGCUGGCAGUGUGUGUGUGCCCCUGGCAUAGGGGGCUUGUGCCAGCCACGUGGACGUCUGUGCCGCCAUGGCUUCCCUGUGCUCGUUGGCUGUGUCAAGCAGGCUCAGGCUAGCCGGGUGGGGCUGCCCAAGCUGCAGUCGCACCCGUGUCACAUGCAGCCGCAGAGGAGGAGGGAAGAUCAACCACUAAGGGGAUGGUCCCCGUGCUACACAGUGAGGAAGAGGAGCCUCCACCCUUUCUCACGCAAGUCGUCCUGCCUCUGCAAAGGGACCGCGGCUGUGAGAAAGGGCUGCAGGCUCGAUCCUGCAGUAUGCUGAAGUGCCCUGGAGUCCCUGCUCAUUCUGUGGGAAAUAAGGGAACUCGGCACUUUCCAGGGUCUGACCACAAAUAAUGAGCAAUUCCAGGAGCCUUGCACCCAAAGAACAGAACCCUUUCACCUCUCAGAGAAUUCAGCUGCCUCCUCUUGUGUGUUUUCUGGCGAGCGAUGUGUUCUCCUCUUCUGGGUGUCUGAAACAGGUCUCUUACGGGACAGAGGAAGGGUUGUGUUGAGUUAAACAUGGGAAGUGCUGGCCUUUCCUUUUGCUUUGCAAAUUCUAAUCAAUGAUAAUUGAUUUAUUUGUAAUGUUAUCUUUUUUGUGGUGGAAAAGGGGGUAAUAUGGUUAAUUGUAACAUACUACAAAAACUCAGGGGUAUGCUGGGCAAACUAUUAUAUAAAUAUAUGCAUAAAGACUGUUGAAUUAUGUACACUAAACAUUCAAGUGGCUGUUAAUGUAAAUAUGCAGUGAAUGUUAUGAAUGAUUAUAAUUUAAUAUAUUGCAGUUUGUAAAUAAUUGGGAAAAGUCUGUAAAAAGUGUAAAUAAAUCAGCUUUAUAUAUAAGAUUUUUUUUAAAAAAAAUCACUUUUUUGCAUUGAAAUACAAACGUUGAUGCACUUUUUUCCCCAAUGUGGAUUUUUCUUUAAUAAAAAAAGAAACCAU